UUCCUUGUAUGCAGUAUGAUGACUUUGUUUAACUUCUUUCCACAGAUGACAUCAGUCUUUCCGUUUGCUUUGUUGCUCUGUUUGUCCAGCGGACUGUUGACUGCAUAUGGUCAAGCUUCCUGUCCUCCUGAUUGGACUCAGUUUGGCUCUCGCUGUUUCGCUUUCUACAGCGAGACAAAGACCUGGAUUGAUGCAGAGACCUUCUGCCAGACCGCUGGUGGGCAUCUGGCUUCCAUCCACUCAGAUGAGGAAAAUACAUUCCUCAAAGACUAUAUCAACCAAGUGACUGGUACAUACACACAGGCCUGGAUUGGAGGCAGUGACGCAGUGCAGGUGUUUACAUGGAUGUGGACUGAUGGAUCCAACUUUGACUACACAAGCUGGGCUGCGGGGGAGCCUGACGAUGCCGGUGGAAAGGAGAAAUGUCUUGAGAUGAACUGGAAUGAUAACUGGAACGACUUGACUUGUAACAACCCACUUUCUUUCGUGUGCUCCAAGAACAGCGUGUAACUCUAAGGCGCCAUCAGUUUGUACAGCAGACAGAAACAGCUCUCUGCUGACAGAUGACUCACUUUCACUUGUUUAUUAUUUGAAGAGUUAGGGAACAGUUCACAUUUGGGUUUAAAAUUAGACAGAAACUGGCUCACUGAGCUGGACAAAAACAAAUCAGUAAUUGGACUUUUAAUCUACAGUAAAUAAC